AUGGGUGCUCUAGCAGAAACAAAUCAUAUAGGAGAUGAAUCACAGAUGGCAUGGAACCUGGUGCAAAUAGAAAUGAUCUUGGUGGGUGAUGAAAUUACCAUUUUUAUUGCUGAUGAGAGUCUUGGGUGGGCUCCGGAACUUGCUGUCAAGAUGAGAAUCCAACGAGUUGCCUUCUCUCCAGCAUCAGCUGCAAUGUUAUGUUAUUCAAAAGAGGGUGUCUUCCCGUUAAGAUUUCAAGAGAGGAUAGAAUCUUGCGGGAAGAUUGUGGGUUGGGCUCCUCAACAAAGGUGUCAUCCCUCAAUCGCUUGCUUUGUGAACCACUGUGGUUGGAAUUCUACCCUUGAAAGCCUCAGCAAUGGCAUCCGAUUCCUUUGUUGGCCAUAUUUUGCUGACCAGUUUCCUAAUGAGAGCUACAUUUGUGAUAUAUGGAAGGUGGGGUUGAAAUUGAAGAAAGACAAAUAUGGAAUUGUUACAAGAACAGAGAUUAAAGAAAAAGUGGAGAAGCUCAUCGCAGAUGAGGAUUAA